AUGGCCUCAUCGGACGCAAAACCAGUGCAGGACAAGACCGCCGAUCCCAAGGUCGACGAGGCGACGGCGCAGCAGCAGGCCGCCUCCAAGAAGCCCGCGCUCGGCGAGGACGACGAGUUCGAGGACUUCCCCGUCGACGACUGGCCUCAGGAGGAGACCGAGGCGGCCGCCAGCGGAAGCGGCUCGACGCAGCACCUGUGGGAGGAGAGCUGGGACGACGACGACACGAGCGACGACUUCUCGGCGCAGUUGAAGGAGGAGCUGAAGAAGGUCGAGGCGUCCAAGCGGCGAUGA